UAAUUAUCAAAUAAAAUGACGCUAUAUCAUUUCGGGAACUGUGUAGCGUUGCUGAUGCCAUAUUACUUCACCUAUAAAUACUCCGGCCUCUCCGAAUAUGGGGCAUUUUGGAAGUGCAUACAGGCGGGCGGCAUUUAUAUAUUCACCCAACUUUGUAAGAUGCUUGUUCUGGCCACGUUCUUUUACUCGGAUACAUCCUCCACUGGCAACGGCGAAUUUAACUUCUUUGCGGAAAUCUUCCGUUGCAGCGUGGAUAUAGCCGAUUUGCUUGGGUUUGCUUUGAUUCUGAGCCGCAUACCUGGCAAGGGACAUUCAAAACUUAUUACGGCUGGUCUUGGCUGGGCCACUGCCGAGGUUAUUCUCUCACGUGGCAUUAUGCUCUGGGUGGGUGCCCGUGGCACUGAAUUCAGCUGGAUCUACAUACUCAAAUGUUUGGAGUCGAACGUUAUGCUUGUUCAGCACAUAUCCACUGCCACGCUCAUUUGGCUGUUCACGCGCCACGAUCUGAAUAAGGCAUUGAAGCCACUGGUUAGCGUACUGCUGGCUGUGACCGUUUUCAAAGGUGUCUGGCUAGAGGGUCUCCUACAUAUCCUGACCAUUGGACCUUGGCUGACGAUUGCUGUGAAGGCUUUGGUGGCCGCUGUCAUUGGCUUCUGCACGCUGCACAUUUACUCGGGUCUGGCCCAGCAGAUUGGCAUUUAAGCCUCUCCAGUCACAUCAUUGUAUUCCUUUUGUUUAAUUAUUUUCUUUGUUUUUAUUUCGGUGUUGUCACAGGAGAGAAUGAGAGAUUUUUUUGUAACAAAGACAACAAGUACGGUUCUAGGAAAAUACGAAAAAUGUU